AUGUAUAAAUUAACAGAAACACCAGUACCAUAUUUGAUAAUACAUGGUGUGGAGGGCAGAAACAUUAUGUACCAAAUCAGGUUCCUUACAGUUGCACCUCAACAGGAGGGAAGUGUUAAAGAAGAACCAAUUUCAGAAAUUCAAACCAGACGGACCUGGCAGUUUGACUGGGCAUUAAAUAAACUGGAUAACUCUGUCAGGAAAACUGGCCGCAUCCGUAAAACCCUUCUACUAAAAAUCUUCCAUGAAAUAUGCAAAACAGGGUGUCCAGGAAGUAACCAGACCUUGCUUUUGCUGCGAAGUUGUGGUACUCUUUUACCAGAGGUAUUGUUACCUGAAAGAACAGAACUAGCCCAUAUGAUGUGGGACAAGAUGAAAGAACUGGGUGCUGUGUAUGAUACAAGCCAUUAUAAUGCUUUACUUAAAGUCUACCUUCAGAACGAGCACAAAUUUUCUCCGACAGAAUUCUUAGCCAGAAUGGAGGAAGCUAAUGUGCAGCCCAAUCGAGUUACAUACCAAAGGUUGAUUGCUGCUUACUGCAAUGAGGGUGACAUUGAAGGAGCGAGUGAGAUUCUUGGAUUUAUGAAGAACAAAGAUCUCCCAAUCACUGAGGCAGUAUUCAGUAGCCUUGUGAAAGGUCAUGCAAGAUCAGGAGAUGUGAAAAGUGCAGAAAAUAUCCUUUCAGUGAUGAGGAUGGCUGGUGUUGAACCGGGUCCAGACACCUAUUUAUCUCUUCUGAAUGUGUAUGCUGAAAAGGGUGAUGCUGAUAGCAUCAAAAAGACUAUAGAAGAGGUUGAGAAGACUGAAGGUUACGUUAUGGAUCGGAUUUUGAUGCAGGUGAUUUUUAGCCUUGCCAAGGCUGGAUAUCCUCAGUACAUUGAAGAUAUUAAAGAACGCAUACGAUUUGAAAAGGAAUUACUUCCAGAUGCAAUGAACCUGUGUUUGACUCUCGUAACUCAUGGCUUUGAAGAUAUAGGUUUCCAUAUUUUGAAGUCUCUUAAUCCUUUAUCACGUGGUAAUGUGGACCACGGUAACUUCUUCUUGCAACAUUGUGUAAAUAGAGAUAUGCCUGUGAACAAGCUGAAGCAAUUUUGUACUGAGUUAAAAGAAGCAGAAAUGCACUCAGCACCAUUACCAUUUAUUUUGCGUUGUGCUUUGGAGACCAACAAAUCAGCCUUGGCCAUUGAUGUGAUGAAGAUAAUGAAAGAGGAAGGCUUGCCACUCAGACCUCAUUAUUCCUGGCCACUGCUAGUUGUGUUCCAGAAAGAGAAGAAUCUUGGAGGUAUCUUUGAGGUCCUCAAAGUGAUGCACGAGUUGGGGGUGGAACUUGAUGUGGAAACGUACACAAACUAUGUUUUUAAAAAUUUUGCUGAUAGUGAAACUGCCCGUGCCCAGCUGAAGAAAAAUGACUGCCUGUUUGAAACUGUUGGACUCUCUGUAGCAGAAAUAAGAUAUGAAGCAGCACAUGGAAGACUGAACAAUGUUCUUGAUAUAUCCCUUGCUGAAAGGUCCCAGUGCAGUCAGGUUUUUACAGGGGUUAAUUCUAUCAUGAUAGUGAAGGCAAAUGAUAACUACUUCAUACAGGACUUAAAUGCAUCUAGAACUUUCAGGGAUUUUUUUUUUUUUUUUUUUUUUCCUCCUAUUGAUAUUCACCAUUUUAGAAACAGCCUUAUUUUGGGCUUUAAAAGCUCAGAUGAUGUAUCUCUUUGGAGCAAGAUAACAGAACUGUUGUACAAGGAUGAACGUUAUUGCCUGACGCCUCCAGGACCAACUGAAGCUGUUGGCUAUUUUCUUUAUCACUUGAUUGACAGCAUGAGUGACUCAGAGGUACAGGCCAAGGAGGAGCGUUUGAGACAAUACUUCCAUCAGCUGAAGAAGAUGAAUAUAGUUAUCCCUACAAGCCACUACAGCGGCAUUUGCAGACUGCUGGACCCCUCUCAAGUUCCUGAAUUAAUUAAGGAUGCAAGGUUAUUGCCUCAUAAAAAAUCCCUGACUACAGACAACAUUCCAGAAAGUGCUAAAUCUGACGUGUCUGCUUUGGAGAAGAAACUAGAAAAGCGAAAAGCUGAAAACCAGCCUAUUACAGAUGUCUUGAAACAACUCGUACAUGCUCUUUGUGAAGAAGAGAAUAUGCAAAAAGCCCUUGAAGUGAAAGCCAAAUACGAACCGGACAUGGUUGUCGGUGGCUAUGCAGCCUUAAUAAAUUUGUGCUGUCGACAUGAUAAUGUAGAAGAGGCAAUGAACCUGAAAGAAAAAGUCUUCCCUAAGAAUUCACCUGUUGCUCUUGACACGGGAAAGUACAUAGCACUGGUAGAAGUCUUAGCAAAGCAUGGCAGACUAGAAGAUGCUAUUAACAUUCUAACAGAGAUGAAAGAGAAGGAUGUUCCUAUCUCAGACAGAACAGUUGCAUCUUUUUUCCGCAUUCUUAAUGCUGCUGCCAUGCGAGGUGAAGUUGAAACAGUGCAUCGAUUACAUGAGACCAUUGUGAACCUGGGGUUGCCAGAAACUGCUGUCCUUCAUUCCCCUCUGAUUACAGUUCACCUUGAAAAGGAUGACAUGACUGCAGCUCUGGAAGCUUUAAUGAACUGUUACAAGAAGUAUGGUAAAAUUCUUCAGCUUCAUAACAUCUACUGUAGACUGAUAGAAAAAGGAGACGCUGAUCUUCUGCAAAAGGUUUCAGAUUUUAUAAGCAGCGAAUAUGGUGACAUGAUGGCUCUUUAUGAUCUCUUCUUUGCCUUCUUGCAAACAGGAAAAUACAAAGAGGCCAGGAAGGUCAUUGAGACUCCCGGCUUAAGAGCACACACUGGACGAUUGCACUGGUUUGCAAAGAGGUGUAUAUCAAGCAAUCAGAUGGAGACUUUGGAACACUUGGUAGAAUUAACUCAAAAUCUAUUUGAAUGUGAUAGAGAUGAGAUGUAUUACUUCCUGCUUCAACUGUGUGAGAGCAACGGUGACUGGAGAAAGGCUGAAGCUGUUUGGACUAAAAUUCAAGAAGAAAAUGUUGUUCCUCGUGAGAAAACACUAGCUUUACUGGCUGAUAUACUUGAGAAGAAUGGUCAGGUUGUUCCAUUUGAUGUACCGAAGGUUAGACAUGAAGAUUCCAGUUUAACUGAUUCUAAUGUGGAAGAAAGAAGAAUAAAGAUACUUUGCAGGAAAAACAAUGCAAAAGAGGCCUACAAUAUUUUCCUCGAAAUGCAAGGGAAGAAGGAGUUUCAUCAUCGUUCUUAUGACAUCCUUAUAAAAGCGUUAUUAAUGCAGAAUUGUCUUGAAGAAGCCAUUGAAGUGAAACACGCUGCUGAGACCCACAUCAAGGGCUUCACACUGAACAGUGCUGCCAGCAGCCUCCUCAUCAUAUCGCAAGUUAGGCGGGAUUAUUUGAAAGAUGCCAUGGCUGUUUUAAAAGGAAUACUUGACAGUGGUGUGUUGCCUACUAGACCAGCAGUUACUGCGCUCAUUCAGGCUCUGGCAGAAAAAGGAGACCUAAAGAACCUGCAAGCACUUAAAAACAUGCUGGAAGACAUCACAAAAUUAAUUGGUGUAUCUGCCUCACUAAUUGCUAAUGCUAUUGCUUUGGCUCAUACUAAAAACAAUGACCUUGAUGCUGCUGUGGAAUACCUUGAGCCUCUGCUUAUCUCUGGUGCACAGAAUCCUGAUCAAGCUGUCAAAAAUAUUUCCUAUUUGUUAAGAAAGGUGUCUGAGGAAGGAUUAGAACCAGCUUUUGAAAAAUUUGGUGUGAUGGCAGAACGACUGGCCAGUCAGUUCGGAAUUUACAGACCUGUCACAGAUCUUUUCCUUCAAUAUGUCAGUGCAGACAGAGUGGAUGAUGCCAGAUCGUUGAUACAGAGAUAUGGUGCAUCAAUUGAGAAGAGAGAUUUAGUGACAUUUAUGGCUAGAUCAGCAUCUAAACCUGGACAGGCAAAGAAGAUUGAGACACUUCUAGAACUGAUUCCUGAGCAUCUAGAUAUGGAAAUUACAUACCGUUACCUCAUGAAAUGUUACGAAUUGGAUGGGGAUGUUGCUUCUGUAAAGGCUGUGUAUGAGAAAACAAAAGCAAAGAAUAUACAGCUGCACGAGCUAACUCUGAAAUCUUUAGCAGUUUUUCUGAAGAAAGUAGGAGAGCCUGUCCCUUUCACUGAACCCCCUGAGACAUUCAAGUUCUAUGUGGAACAAUUGAGGAAAAGAAGAUUUGAAACAUCAUGAACAGACAGUCUUUUAUGCUUUAGUUGUUUAUGAAAUUGUUUAAAUAUUACACUCAAUAAAAAUUUUAAAAAGCAUGUUGCUCUGUGUAAUUUUUAAUGUAAAUCUGUUUAAGCAGCACUUUGCGUAGCUGUAAUGGAUAGAAACAUUCAUUAAUAGAGAUGCUGUUAAAAUUGCUAGUGAAAUAUCAAGAUGCAGCAUUCUAGGCUAUUUCUGUUUUGAUGUAUGAUCUGCUAUAACCUGAACUGUGUUGUGGCUCUUGUUGAUUCACCAAAUACAUGUAUAUCAAGAAAGUUGCUGGAGGGGUAUGUAACUAACUUAAUCAAACUGUCUUAUCCUUUGUUGUUCUUUGCCCAGUCAAUGUACUUUGGGGUGAAAGCAGAAGGGUAAAGAAUCUGUAUCUGCACAGAAAAUAAACACAUCUUUUUUUA